GAGAAAGAGUGUCAUCCCCGAAUCUCUUUCAUCGCGAACUGAAGCCUCUUCCAGUGUCAUCCCCGAUUCCAUCGAUUCUUCUCAUCAUCUUCUCCAGACGGCUCUCUCUCAUCCGCCAUGGAACAAGAAAAGAAAGCAUCAGCUCAAGAUGAUGAAACCGUAAUCCCCAAAAAGCGUCCCCUGAAUGUCGUUUUCAUAGGGCAUGUUGAUGCCGGAAAAUCAACCAUUGGAGGACAGAUAUUGUUCCUUAGUGGACAAGUAGAUGAUCGUACAAUCCAGAAGUAUGAGAAGGAAGCAAAGGAUAAAAGUAGAGAGAGCUGGUAUAUGGCAUAUAUUAUGGACACAAAUGAAGAAGAGAGGGAUAAGGGGAUUACUGUUGAAGUUGGAAGAGCGCGCUUUGAAACAGAAACUACAAGAUUUACUAUUUUGGAUGCUCCGGGGCACAAGAGUUAUGUACCCAAUAUGAUUAGUGGAGCUUCUCAAGCUGAUAUAGGUGUGCUGGUGAUAUCUGCGAGGAAGGGCGAGUUUGAAACUGGAUUUGAAAAAGGUGGACAAACAAGCGAGCAUGUUCUACUUGCAAAGACUCUAGGGGUUACAAAGCUCCUCAUUGCUGUGAAUAAAAUGGAUGAACCUACUGUGAACUGGUCAAAAGAAAGGUAUGAUAAAAUCAUGGAGAAAAUGACACCAUUUCUGAAUUCGUCUGGAUAUAAGAAGAAGGAUGUUCAAUUUCUUCCCAUUUCUGGGCUUUUGGGUUCAAAUCUGAAAACUCGAGUAGAUAAGAGUGUUUGUCCGUGGUGGAAUGGCCCGUGUCUAUUUGAAGCUCUUGAUGCGGUUGAAGUCCCACCUCGUGAUCCGAACGGUCCUUUCAGAAUGCCUAUAAUUGAUAAAUUUAAAGAUAUGGGAACAGUUGUUAUGGGUAAAGUUGAAUCUGGUACUGUACGUGAGGGUGACAGUCUGUUGGUGAUGCCCAAUAAGGUUCCUGUUAAGGUUCUUGCCAUAUUCAUUGAUGAAGAUAAAGUGCGAGAAGCGGGGCCUGGGGAGAACUUACGAGUCCGAGUAUCUGGGAUUGAGGAAGAUGAUAUCUUAUCCGGCUUUGUUUUAUGCAGUGUUGUAAGGCCAGUCCCUGCUGUUACUGAGUUUGUUGCGCACUUGUCAAUCAAGGAGUUGCUGGAUAAUGCAAUUUUUACCGCUGGUUACAAGGCUGUGUUGCACAUUCACUCGGUUGUUGAGGAAUGUGAAAUCGUAGAUUUAAUAAAAGAAAUUGAUCCAAAAACAAAGGAACCUAAGAAAAGGAAACCACUCUUUGUUAAGAACGGUGCUUUUGUUGUAUGUCGCAUUCAGGUGAAUAAUAUGAUAUGCAUUGAGAAGUUCAAUGAUUUUUCCCAGCUCGGAAGAUUCACUCUUCGAACAGAGGGGAAAACUGUUGCUGUGGGCAAAGUCACUGAUCUUCCCACCGUAGGCGAAAAUGCAUAAAAAAUCUUGUGCUCUCAUUCAUUUGUGGUAGAAAAAGGGGUUACGUUGCAGACGUGACAAAGAUGCAACACAACCAUAAUCGCACACCAGUUUUGUGUACCGUGAUUAUCCGUGCUUUGAUAUGAGGAUAGAGGUGUUUGUGGAGCAUGCUGAACUCAUAAACUAUUUAAUUUUUGCCAUUCACAUUGGAGUGUACACUUGGGAAUGAUGUAAUACACUUCUUUUAAAUGUUGUUAUUCAAUAGGAAAUCAUAUGAACAUUUUAGUUUCUAUCGAUCUGUAGUCAGAGUGACUAUGCUUUGGGCGGUUGAAAAACCUUGCAUAUGUCAAGUUCAUGUGACAUAAAUGAGGAUUUUGCGGUGGAUGUAUGGGCAAACGAGGUUAGAUAGAUU